CCUGGCCUAUUUUAUAAAUGGAUAUUUACCUUUUGUCCAAGCACACAACUCUGGCACGUUGUCCGAGUGCUCUUUAAUUAUAUGUUUCUGAUGAAUUCUCACAUCACUCCUCUCUCUCCUCUUCAACUCCCUAACCUCUCCACUUACUCUCACCCGUAUCCCCACUCCUAUAGCAUUUACCAUCCGCCUCCCUUUUUCUUUCCCUUCUCUCCUUUUUUACCUAUUAGUUAAUAUCAUAUUUAUUGUCUACUAGACUUCAUAUCUUUCAUUGUGAUAAGAUUUAAUUUGACCAUUACAUUGUGUUCAUUGCAAUGCACCCCAUAUCGGCUACAGUUACCAACGAUGGUUCGCUUGCCAUUACUGUCGCUGCUAUAGACUUAAACCCACCACAUGAGACCCUGACCGAGGCUGUUUCUGCAGGUGUUGCAGAGUCUGUUGAUGACGAGCAACCGGAAAAGACUGCCAGCAUAACUACCUCUACAACUGCAACAACAAAUACAACCUCUAAUUCUGGAAAUAGAGUAACAAACACCGAUGAAGCAGGAGCGGAGGAGGCAUCCGUGCAUCAAGAACCACACGACGCUAUCGUAUUUUAUAUGAAUAAUAGCCCAAAACAACAUAGUACAUCGUCCAAGAAUAGUGAACUCAUUGGUGAUGAUGACGAUGACUUCGAUAUGGAGGAACAUGGCCAUGAUCACACAACAAUUCGUGGAGCUGACAAUAGCACAUUUAAGAAAAGCAAUGAGUCGCUGGCGACCGUUGCUGAGAGCACUAUCGAAAAGAUUGUUGGGAUGGCCAUGGCAGUACCAGAUGCAUUACUUUCUCCAAAUGAGCAAGAGAUGGACCCUCAUGAGGUCAUAGAGACUGAGGUUUUUUUGGACGACAAUUAUGGUGGUAAUGGUGACCUGAGAGUAACAUCAAGCGAUGCAAGCGAUGCCAGCUCCAAUGUCAUUACAUCAACACUGACAUCAUCAUCAUCCUCAUCCUCAGAAUUGUCAUCCUCAUCCUCAGAAUUGUCAUCCACAUCUACGUCCGUCUCAUCAUCUUCUUUAUCUUCGUCCUCUACACUCGCAGACUCUUCUUCUCGUCGCCCUUCUGAGAUUGGCACAUCCAAGGAUAUUCUCACGGAGGGACAGGCAUUUGCUUAUGUGGGACUCUGUCUCGUAACAGCCAACACUCUCUUCCUGGCUCUUGAAGGAACUGAAGCUGCUCAUGCCAAGGAAAGCCUCGAGAGCUUUGUUUCCAAACUCAUUUAUCGUCUAUACAAGCACUUGGACAUUGAUGCAGACACACAGCGAACAAUUGCACAGUUGCCUCAAAUGAUGAUCCAGCCCCAAGAUCUUCUCGAGUCAUUUGUUGCAGACGGAACGCAGCGCGUAGUGUCCUCACAGCAGGUGGAUCAAACUAAUGUUUCACUCAAUGGAUCCUCACCUGCCUCUUCUCAACAUUCUCGACAGCCCUCGAUUACAAGCCUAAGCAGUCUUAACAGUAUCCAGCAGCAGCCACCAUCGCCAUCUUUACCAUCAGAGAAUGACCCGAUCUGGGAGAAUAGCAAGCCUCACAAUACUUCACCACUCUCACCUUCCUCCGAUAGUACCUUUUCUAAUAAUACCUCCCCUGUUGAAGCCUCUAUGGGUGAGUCUAGCAAAUCGGAGAUUGAUGGAGAGAAAGAGGAGGCAACAUCGCCCACGACAACUUCAGCAAGUCGUCCCCCGAUUCGCCAUUAUGACACUCCAAAUGGCUUUAGACUGUCUAUUGGCAGUCAAAAAGCCAUUACUGUGGACUUGCGUUGGACAUUAAUUGCAGAUCUCUUUUUGAUCUCUAUCUCGGACUCUAUCUAUGAUGCCCGUGCUCGGGUGUUGCUCAAGGCAGUCGGGACUCAUCUUGGACUUGAAUGGGACGAAAUCGUUUUAUUUGAAAAAGGAAUCAUGAAGCAAUUACAAACCACAGCCAGCGACGGUCUUUUGAAGCCAGAUACGAAAUCCAGGAACAAUGAGAUUCGUAAAAAGAGGAUGAUCAUGAUGGGAUUAGCAACAGUGGGUGGUGGGCUUGUCUUGGGACUUUCAGCUGGUUUGUUCGCUCCUGUCAUUGGUGCAGGUAUUGGUGCAGUCAUGGCAGGGGCACAUAUCACAGGAGCCACAGCAACAGCAGCCUCCGCAUUCCUCGCUGGCAGUGGUGGCGUCGCUGUUAUUACGAGCGGGGCUGCAGUGACGGGAUCUGGACUUGCAAUGAAGAAGAUGGCUAGGCGAACUGCAGGCAUUGACCGAUUUGAGUUCCUGGCCCUCCAUGAUAACAAAAGAGUCAAUGUAAUUUUGACGAUCUCUGGCUGGUUAGAUAUUGGUGAAGAGGAUGCAUCAUUACCUUUUUCAACCCUUGAUCCGAUCAAUGGGGAUCACUUUGCGCUUCUGUGGGAACCAGAUAUGUUGAUGCAAUUGGGAAAUGCUUUAAGUUUGCUGGCAACUGAGGUUAUUACCCUAACGGCACAAGAGAUUCUAAAGCAUACUCUUCUCUCAGCUUUACUAUCGGCUUUGGCCUGGCCUAUGGCUUUAACCCGCCUUGGAUAUCUCAUCGAUAACCCAUGGAGUAUUGCGUUGGAUCGCGCCAAGCUAGCUGGACUCGUCUUGGCGGAUUCUCUUCUAAUGCGAUCUUAUCUGGGUUUCCGCCCAGUGACUCUUGUUGGGUACAGUCUUGGUGCGCGUGUCAUAUUUUACUGCUUGAUGGAGCUUGGACGGCUGGAUGCAUUUGGAAUUGUGGAAAACGCGUAUCUCUUUGGAGCGCCAAUCACAGCAUCCGAGACGCAGUGGCGUCAGGCCCGUAGUGCAGUAGCAGGCGAGUUUGUGAAUGGCUAUCUCCGGAAUGACUGGGUCCUAGGAUUCUUAUUCCGCGCGACAACAGGAGGGUUGGGCACAGUUGCUGGUCUUAGACCAAUCAAAAAUGUUCCAGGAUUGAACAAUAUGGAUCUCACGUCGCAUGUGGAAGGCCAUCUAGACUACCGUGUAAAGGUUCCAUUGUUAAUGAAGCUAAUAGGUCUCAAGGUUACUUCGGAGUCAUUCUUGGACAAGGAAGAGGCUAUUCUCCAUCAACGCUCACUUAAGAUCAAUCCUAGCGAGAAAUUAAGAGCACCCAAACCAUUGAUGCCAUCCAAGGCUGAGCUGGCAAAGUCGGAGGCGUUGACUGAGAAUGAAAAGAUACAACUUGAGAUUGCGUUCCGAAGACCAGCUCCCAAAGCCAAAGUACCUAAUCUGGAUGAACUCAAAGGUCUGACCCCUGAGGAGAAGGAGGCAUUACGCGAAGUUCUUAUGAAUGCUGCCGCACAAGGAGGAGAUGUAUCCUCACCUCUGAGCUCGCACUCCAAGUAGAAGUGAUUUAUCAAAGAUAUAUUUGUAAUUAUUAGAAAUACUGUAACAUUUCAUUCAAUAAACUAGAAGUUAGCGG